UUAUUCUAUGACUUUUUCGUUGAGAGGUUAGUUUUUCAUUUUUAAGUUUAUGUUAUUCUACUCAAAAAUGGCCAAGAUAAAAAAUAAAAAACGAGUAAAUGCUGAUAAAGUACAAAAGAAAAAGGAAAAUUUACGAAAUGUCAAGUCAAUAAAUCCUUUCGAAGUUCACCUAAAUCGAGAAAAAUUUAAAGUCCUAGGAAAAAAGCAAAAAAACGAUAAAGGUUUGCCGGGUAUAUCAAAAGCGAAAGCAAUAAAAAAACGAAAGCGCACUCUCUUGCAAGAAUAUAAGUUGCAGAAUAAAUCAAACAAAUUUGUGGAUAAGCGUAUUGGUGAAAAAAAUAAAGAUAUGACGGGUGCUGAUAAAACAUUGGUUAGAUUUACAGCUGCUAGAAUAAGAGCAAAUAAGAAGAAAAACAUUUUUAAUCUGGCUGAUGAUGAAAUAAUUACUCAUAGGGGGCAAACUCUGUCUGAAAUUGAGAAGUUUGAUGAUCCCAGAUCAGAUGAUGAAAGUUUAGAGGACGGUCAGACUGGGAAAUUAGACUCUGAUUUUGUCAAAGAUGUCCAUUUUGGUGGUGGAAUCUUCAGCAAGACUGGUCAUGAUGGAGCAACAAGUCACAAGCAACUAAUUAAUCAGUUAAUUGAAGAAUCCAAGAAACGCAAGGCUGAGAAACAAAAAAUUAAGGAAACAACUCUAGAUCUUACUGAAAAAUUGGAUACUGAAUGGAAAGAUUUGAUGCAGAUUGUAAAUACAAAAAAAUCAUUAGGGGAAGAUACAGCUGACAAACACUCAUUGGAUGAUUAUGAUAAGAUGUUGAGGGAGUUAAAAUUUGAAGCCAGAGGUACUGUUUCUGACCGUCUUAAAAAUGUGAAAGAGGUGGAGAAAGAUGAGCAGGAAAAACUAAAAACAAUGGAGCAAGACCGCAUUGAACGCAUGAGUGAGCCUUUUGAAGCAUUCAAAAGUAAAUACAGAAGCGCAGAUGAUUUGGAUGAUGAUGUUGUAUAUGAGUCAGACACAGAACAGAUGUUGACCUAUAAUGAAGAGGGUAAGCCUAGUGUAAUUAUUGAAGCCAAAAUGAAUGGGAAAGAUGUAUCAGAAAUCUGUGAUGAGGCAGAUUCAGAUAUUGAGUUAAAUAGUAAAUCUGAAUAUUCAAAUUCAGAAUCAGAAGAUUCAUUGGGAGAUCUAAAAAAUGCCGAGGCACAUAGUGAAAGUGACAGUGAGGAUGAUUCAAAUGCCUUAGCAGUAUUAAAAGCGGAAGAGAAUGCUGCUAUGUCUGCUAUAGUCAAUAAACCAAAAAGUGAAGAUGCAGAUUUCAAAUAUCACAGAAAACAUGAAAAUAAAGCUGAAGAUAUUAAGGAGAAGUUGCCAAAAAAAAUUUCCUUACCAACAUCUUAUGAGAAUUUUGUCAUUUUGCUACACCGGUAUUCUGCUAGACAGCAAAGUGCUGUUUUAGAAAAGUUGAUUAAAGACAAUGAUCCAAGUUUGUCUCAAGGCAACAAAGAGCAAUUGGGAUUAUUGUUUGUAUUCCUCUUACAAUAUUUAAACGAUUUGUUCUCUACUGUGCCUGACACACAAAUCCUUACAGAUCACUUAUUUAUUUACAAAUCAAUAAUGCCCCAAAUUUAUGAUUUGGCUCAGUUGAAUCCACUCAAUGCACAUAAAUCCAUUCUAGAAGUAUUGAAGCAAAAACACGAAGAAUUUCGAAUAAAGAAGACAAGUUGUCCCACUUUGGAAGUGUUGUUUUUUUUUAAAUUAGUGAGCCUGUUGUUUACCACAUCAGAUUUCAGGCAUCAAGUGGUGACACCAUGCUUUGUAUUCAUGGAACAAAUGUUGACCAAAUGUAGAAUUAAAAAUGGAAGGGAUAUUUCACGUGGUUUUUUUUUAUGCACUUUAGUUUCAGAGUAUACUGAUCUAUCCAAUAGAUACCUGCCCGCAGCAAUUAACUUUUUAACAGGGAUUUUGCACAUGUCUAUACCAAAAAAUGGCGUGCAACUUAUAAAAGUGCCUCCACCUUUUAAACCAGUUUACAGUCAAUUGGUAUUAUUAAGGGAUUGCUCAAAAAUAAAGCCUAGCUCAAAAUUGAACCCUACCAUAUUAAUUGAUCCAGAAAUUAAUGAUGAAUUUAAAAUAAAUAUUUUAUACAGGACGUUACAACUACUGAGGGAAUUUUUUGAAAAAUACAAGACAUUGCCUAGUUGUUUAGAAAUAUUUGCCCUUGUCGAAAAUUUUCUUAAAAAAAUACCACUAGAAUAUUAUCCAAAUGAAGUUAUAAAUCAACAUGAACAAUUAGGUAUGAGCUUAAAUGAACUAAGGAAAAACAGGCGACUAAAUUACGUUAAGUUGGCAGAAAAGAAACCCAAAGCAUUAAGAUUAUAUGAACCAAAAAUAGAAGAAGUAUAUGACACAAAACGGCGAAAAGUGCAGUCGAAGGAAAAAGCAGAAAGAGAUAAAUUGAUUCAUAAGCUGAAAAGAGAAAGAAAGGGCGCUCUUAGGGAGAUUCGAAGAGAUAAAGCAUUCCUGGGGAGAGUUAAAAUUAAACAAAAGAUGCACAGUGAUAUGGAACGAAAAGAAAAAGUUAAAAGAAUAUUUGCCGAAGCUGCCUUUCAACAAAGUGAACUUAAUGCUUUGGACAGGAAACGAAAGAGGGUCUGAUUUUGUGAACAAGCUAUACAGUUUACACAUUUUUUUAACAAUUGUAAAUAGUUUUCAUAAAAUAUUUGAUUUAUAUUUUUUGUUUUGUUUGUUUGACUUACAUAAAACUGUUGCCUUUUGCUAGUUUAUUGGGUAUUUAUUAAUACAAAAAGCGAAUAUUGAAUUUAUAUUGGAUAUUUGAAAAUUUGGCUAUCUUCUUUACUUCUAUUGGCCUGGAAACAUUUCGAGUAAUUACUAUACACAUCCGAGGCCAUUCGGCAUACUAUUUUCAAGAUGGCGGCAGGUUGUUGUUUAUACUUGAUUAUUUUAUACUGAAUACUAUAUAUAAUUACAUUUUUAAAUUACUCGGAGCGUUGUUUUAUAAACGGAAUUUGUGUAACUUCAAACUCUUGAAUUAUGUGGGUUUCAUAAC